CGUUAGCGUUAGUCGGGUCUGAUUGUUUGAAGAUGCAAGUGAGUCUUCGCGUAUAUUAGUAGUGAGAGAAGGAAGGGUUGAGUGGAUAUGAUCCAAGGUGGGAGCGCUUGGUCUCGGUUAGCUAGGUUGAGCUUGAGUCGGCGCUUCGUGCAUAUCCAGUGAAAUGAGAUGCUGCUCUGCAUAUGACACGCUCCAUGCAGAUUCUGCCCCACGACAUUGAUUAUUAAAUACAUUGUGAUACCAUUGUAGACCAUCCUAAUUGUUGAAUACUAGUAACGGGAGUGGCUGUAGGAUCAUAAAAACAUUGUUGCAUUUUUUUAUUUUUUUUUAUUUUAAACACACCUUUUCAUUGAUAUUUUAUUCCAUGAUCGCGGUAUGACUUGUCGUGAUUUGAUAGUUUGAUGGGGCUCUUACGGAUUAUGAUGCCGCCCAAGUUUCAGCUCCUGGCGGUCUUGGCAUUUGGAGUGGCGAUGCUUUUCCUGGAGAACCAAGUGCAGAAACUGGAGGAAUCUCGGGGCAAGCUAGAGAGGGCCAUUGCGAGGCAUGAAGUGCGGGAGAUCGAACAGCGCCACACCAUGGACGGCGCUAAAGAUGUGGUUUUAGAUGAGAGUGAUGAUGUCGUCAUUAUUUACAACCGGGUCCCUAAAACUGCAAGCACCUCCUUCACAAACAUUGCCUACGACCUUUGCGGCAAAAACAAAUACCACGUCCUGCACAUCAACACCACCAAAAACAACCCUGUGAUGUCCUUGCAAGACCAGGUUCGAUUUGUGAAGAAUGUAACAUCUUGGAAGGAGAUGAAGCCUGGAUUCUACCACGGACAUGUAGCCUUUUUAGACUUUGCAAAGUUUGGAGUGAAGAAGAAGCCCAUCUACAUCAAUGUAAUCCGGGAUCCUAUCGAGCGCUUGGUGUCCUAUUAUUACUUCCUACGCUUCGGGGAUGAUUACAGGCCAGGGCUUCGGAGGAGAAAACAAGGAGAUAAAAAGACCUUCGAUGAGUGCGUCUCGUUUGCAGGCUCGGACUGCGCUGCAGAGAAGCUUUGGCUUCAGAUCCCCUUCUUCUGUGGCCACAACUCUGAAUGCUGGAAUGUCGGAAGCAGAUGGGCUCUGGAACAAGCCAAAUACAACCUGAUUAAUGAGUACCUGCUGGUUGGCGUGACCGAGGAGUUGGAGGAUUUCAUCAUGAUGCUGGAGGCUGCGUUACCGCGCUUCUUCAGAGGAGCUGCCGAACUCUACCGCACAGGAAAGAAGUCGCAUCUGAGAAAGACGUCUGAGAAGAAGCCACCCACAAAGGAGUCGAUCGCGAAGCUGCAGCAGUCCGACAUCUGGAAAAUGGAGAACGAGUUCUAUGAGUUUGCACUGGAACAGUUUCAGUUUAUCAGAGCACACGCUGUGCGGGAAAAGGACGGGGAGCUGUACCUCCUCGCUCAGAACUUUUUCUACGAAAAGAUCUACCCCAAGAUGAACUAGAGUGCCAGGCUGCAACUGAGGAGAUAGGCAGCCUGCAGCACUGGUAUCAUUUCAUGUACACCUGGGAGGGAGAAGGCAGAACUGGCACUGCCAAGGACACCAGGACUAGUCUGUAAACUCUGAUCUGUCUAUGGAGAGUCUCAGGCCAUUGCCAAACAUUCACUGUGUACCAUUGAUACUAACUCUUCCAUUUCUGUAGCAGUUCUCCACUAUCAGGCUUCAGAAAGUCAUAUCUGUAUAUGAAUGAACAUGGAACAGUUUGUUUUCAGAAAUCCAUCCGGUUUAUUCAUAUUGGACUUGCACAACGUACUGUCGUCUUCUGCUUGUUACUCUGUGUUUUCUGGUCUUGGUGGAGAUGCACAUUCUGUCUGUCCACCCUUUUAACAGCAAGCUGGUACAUUAUUAUAAACAGUGAUAUCUUGCAAAGGGUGAGAUGAAGUUGUGUACCAAGACUCUCUCUGUCACUUUGUCAGAGUCCCGUUUUCAUUUAGUAUUUUCUAUUUGUAUUUUUUUUUUUUUUGGCGGGGGUGUUUUUAAUUUCAAUAAGGUGGAAGCAGCUGGACAGUUUAACCAGCCCCAUUAACAGGAAAAGGAAACUAUGGCGGGUGGAACUUUUCAAACUCAAGUUCAAAAGUGCCAGUGCUGUAUACAGUGUGAAACAGGAGAUGGUCAACGUUUUCAAUUAUUAAAAAAAUCAACCAAAAGAUGAGGCUGGCUGUACAAGCCGUACCAGCAUUGGUUGUACUUUCUGUUAGAGGUCCCAUUGGGAGAGGGGAGAGGGCAGCGGGAGACACAGCUGUUUACACACACGUGAUCCAAUGUGUGAACGUGAGUCUUCUGUUAACCAAUUGUGGUACUGUGUGUGUGUUUUUUGUUUCUUUUUACUUGCAUCUUGUAUACCUUUACCGUUAGAAGUAUUUUUAUUAGGGUGCUUUAUAAAGUGUUUCCAAUCAUGGUAAUUAAAAAAAAAAAAAUCGAAAAUAAUCAGAUGCUGUAUAUAUUGCAGAUUUUAUGUAUUUGGACCAAAAGGUUAUAAAAACAUAACUUGUUUUAACUCUUUUUUUUUUUUUUUUUUGUGGUGUAUGUUAAAUGUACUGCUAUUAUUAUUAUAUAUCCAUUAUCAGGGUAUUUUGGGUUUUCAUAGUUUAAGUGGUAUUUAUCAAGGUUACGAAGCCCCAUACAUGCCAUAAUUCACUAACAACACCGAACAGAAAUACGUUUUGCUGGUUUUUAGUGAUUUGUUUUUUUUGGUACCAAUUUGUAUGUGUUUGUGAGUUUUGAUGUUUCUGCUUGAGGCCAUUGGGCUGAAAUUGAUGAUGGUGUGUGUCUUCAUGGAUGAGAUCCACUUUCUGUAUCUUAAUACAUUUUAAGGGGGCAGUAUAGUGUAGCCUGCAGGUUCAAUCUGCAUCCCACGGGCUACCUAAUGAACUUCAGCACUGUGCUUUUGAUGUGGUCUUAAUCCCUUCAGGUGAACAUGAAAAGGGGAGGGGGGGCUUCCCUACCUCCAUAUCAGCACAGUGAUUGAUCCUUGAACAAAAGAAACCCAGAGGGAAACUUCUUGAUUAUCGCAUCCCAUUGAAUUUGGGAGGCCAGAUUGCAAAUUCUUUGUUAAAUUAUUAAGAUGUGGUCCUGUGAAAGCAAAGCAGAGCCCCCCCUGCUGUUUAGAUUACAAGUCCUCCACCACUCCUCCACUUAAAACAGCAUUGGUGAACUACGUGACUGCUGAAAGAGGGCUUUUAGCCAGACUUUGGCAAUUAGAAAGUGUUGAAAGCAAAACAAUAAAUUCAAAAGGUGACUUGAGUUAUAACUUUUUGGCCCCCAACAAAUUUGUAGUUACUGUAUGUGGCUCUUCACAAAUUAAGUGCAGACCACUGUUUAAGUGCUUUUUUUUU